UGACAUUUGAGCCUUGUCGCUGCCCGUAGUUAGAACCGUUGCCUAGAAACAGUUGCCAACAAAUUACAGUACUGUUGUUCGCUAAAACAUUCAAACGACAAGAAAAACUUGGACUUCUCCUGGUCAGAUAUUCCCUAGCUGUCACAGCAGUAUCCUAAAAACAUGUCAGUGCCUUUCUCCAACAAUCACCUGAGGGUCCCGAGGGGAUUUGGUACCAUCCUGGAAGGACUGGUUAGAGAAGUUUUACGAGACCAGCCUGAUGACAUUCCUAAAUAUGCUGCAGACUACUUCAGUAUCCUUCUUAAACAAAGAGAAGAUAGUGGCAUGGACCCAGCUGAGUGGGCUGCCAAACUGGAAGAUAGAUUCUAUAACAACCAUGCAUUCAAGGCUAGUCCUCAAAAAGAGCCUGCAACAGAGGUGACCUUUUCCAAAGAACAAUCAUAUGAGUCCCAAACUGAAGAUGAAUCCAGUCAUUCAGCAGAGGCCUCAGUUCUCUCCGCCACACAACCUAAUGUCUCUGAAGAGGUUGAUUUAACUGAAAGUACAGUGGGAGAAGAAAAACAAAACAUUACAGAGAAACACAUUAUUUCAGUGGGAGAGGGACUUUCACAAGAAGAAUCAAUCAACAGACUCCCAGUUGCAGAUGUACAGUCAGAUGAACUGAGUGAGACAGAGGAGAAGAAAGAUCCAACAAUAACUGCACUUGAUCAAGUUGAGGAGGCAGCUAACGAAAAAAAUAACAGCUCUGUUCCAGACCAAGGUAUACCUCCGUCUGAGUUUGAGACCACUGACUUGUCGUCAUUCGGUGGGAUUUCAAAUGUAGAAGUGUGUGCACAGGAGCUGAGUACUGCAGAAGAUGAGAGAGGUGAAAAAUUUCAUAAAGAAAAGACUUUAGCUGAUGAUACAGAGGUUGGAGAGGGAGAGGAGGGCACUGAAGUUGAAGUACCAGUGGAAGUCUUUCCGUAUUCUGGGCUCGCUGACGUAAACGUGUGUGCUACAGAACUCGGAGAAACUGAGAAAACAGUGGAAGAAACCACGGUCGAUGCUGAAGAAACUUUCGCACAGUCAUCACUACCUCAAUCUGAAACACUUGCGGGUAAUCAACAAGAAGCUGAAGAUCAGGCAGAUAAAACAAUGGAGGAGGAAGGAACCAAGACUGAGGCUUCUUCUGGGGAAACACAUGAAACUUUAGCUUGUAUAGAGGGCAGUUUGGACAGCAAUGCUAUACCAAAGGAAAACUCUUUGGUUGAAAUUAGCUUUGAAGAUGUUCCAGAGGCUCAGCAGAUUACUGAGAUUGGGGAGAAACAGCCAGUAGACGAGGGUUCAGAAGAAGUUUUACACUCCGAGAUGUCAGAGAUGCGGAAACAUGAAGAGUCCAGUGAGGUUGCUGCAGUGGUGACAGACCAAAAUAUAUCUGGUACACAAGACCUUGAUGAACCUGAAAUGGAGGGAGUACUAAAGGAAAUUAACACCGAAAGGGAGGAAAUGGAAAGUCAGCAGGAGGCAUCUAAUAUCAUGAAGGAAAAGGUGGAUGCAAAUGACUCUGAUUUAAAUGAUAGUGAUGAUGAUGAUGAUGAUGAUGAUGAUGAUGAUGAUGAGAAGGGAGAAGGUGUUAAAAACAUCAUAUCCUCACAUCGGCCCACCACUGAGGCAGAAAAAGAGAGCCCAGAGGAUGAAACCAAUCAUAAAAUCGAGGAUAAUGAGAAGAUAAGUGGAGACGAAUCUGACCAGAAUGAGGAUUCAGAAAAACAGACAAAGUCAAAUGACCCUGUCAUCAAAGAAGAUGAGACGGCAGACACAGCUGGAGAAGACACAGAAGGUCAUAGUGAGAUGAAGGAUAAAGAAAUUAAUGAUGGCGAUGCGGAAAAUGAUUCAUCACAAGUAACCCAGCCAAAUAUAUCAAAAGCUGAAAUGGAGGCAGAGAGUGAAACUUUACAGCCAAGUGCACAACAUCUACCAGAGGAGAAUGAAGAGAGAACGCUCGUAGAGUCGCAGCCAGAGGACAGAGAGGAAGAAAAGGAGGUCACAUCAGAGAAGGCAACGUCAGAAGCAGAGGAAGAUGUGGAAGAAGGAAAAAAUGAAUCCGAAGCACAAGAGAGGAGUGAUGCAGUGUGCAUCAGCCCCACUCAAAGUGCAGAUCAGGCGGCUGCUGACCAACAAGGAGAGCAGAGUCUGAAGCCACAUGAGUCUGAAGAGGACACAGCAGAGCCUGAGGGCCAGAGAAGUGACAAGGUAGCCUAUAUACAUAAACUUUUCAAGGACGAGUCUGAUCAACAGUGACCCUCACUUUUUUUCUCCCCUGGACUCACUAGGG